AUGUCCUCCGCCAUCCUAAGCUACAACCAAAACAACAAGCAGAUCGCUCUGCUGGACCCAGAGACGGAAACAGAAACACCGCAAACCAACAUUGCACAAAUAAAUAAACUAACAGCAGACCUAAUCGCAGAAUCCAACCCAAACUUCACACCGCAACCAAAGGAGGAAGCCAGUAAAUUGAUCAAGAACCUCUUCGAAACCGGGUUGAAGCAGAUAAAACAGAAUAAACUCCCUGAUGCCUUGAAAUCAAUCACAUUGGCCAUCCAAAUGGCAAAGAGAAAGAGAACAUCCUACGAGGCAUUCGGGAUCCAAUUGCAAGAAUUACAAUUCAUGUUACGUCAAAAAAUUGACUUGCAAUUGCUAUUGGGGAAGUUCGUGGACGCAUUGGAAGAUUUGGAAUUCUUAUUGGGGACAGGAAUGGCAUCCAAUGAUGUCUUUAUAAGAAAGACGGAUGCACUCUUGAAAUUGAAAAAAUUCCAAUUGGCUAAAGUGGCCGCUGAAAGAGGUUUGAGUUUACACCCUAAUGAUACAAAAUUGAAAGCUUUGAUGAUGGAGUGUAAUAGAAAUUUGGUAGAAUUUAAUGGAGAAAUUUAA